CUGUGAACCGUCAUCUAGGGCGAACGGAAGUGGGCGGAGCGUAUCCGAGGCUUUCGGUAGAACGCCCUUAUAAUAAUAGAUUUCGCACCCGUAGGCUCCUUCCUUAUUCCAAUCUAUUUCUUCCUAGACAUUGCUUGUUCCUCGUCAUGUCAAACCCUCCAUCACGGCUCCGAAACAUACUCGGGCACCUCGGACUGUCAGGGUCGGGACCCAAGGAUGGGGCAGAUGGCCUCCGCAGCCACAUCCACCAGCUCUCGCCCACCUUUUUCCUCGAGAGAGCCGCAGCCAUUGAGCCCGAAGCCGAGGCUAUCUACCACGUGACAGCCAACGGCAAGGUGCUGCGGCGGUCCUACCUUGAGUUCGCCGACCGGGCCCGCGGCCUGGCCUACUACCUUGUCAAGAACGGCUUCAAGCGGGUCGGCGUGCUGGCCCCCAACACGCCCGCGUUCCUGGAGUCCAUCUACGGGGUUGUCGCGUCGGGCGCCGUCAUCGUGCCUGUCAACUACAGGCUGAAGCCUGAGGACAUCGCCUACAUCUUCGACUUCGCCGAGGUCGACGCCGUCAUUGCUGAUUUCGAGUACGAGCACCUGCUGGAGCUGUACCGGAGGGACCACCCCAACACGCGGGUGAUCAAUGAUACGGAUACCGAUGUUACUCGGGGGGAGCUGAGCGGACCCUUUGAUGAGGUCAUCUUGGAAGGCUUGACGUAUGACCGGGAGCAGGGAGGCAAUGGCUGGGCUGGCCUCCACUCACAGGCCACUAAUGAGGACGACAUGAUUGCCAUCCCCUUCACCUCCGGGACUACUUCCCGUCCAAAGGGCGUGGUCUACACCCACAGAGGGGCGUAUCUCGCAGCCCUAGCAAACGUGGUGGAAUCAGGCAUGAACUACCACACCGGGCGAUGCAAAUAUCUCUGGACACUGCCCAUGUUCCACGCCAUGGGCUGGACCUUCCCGUGGUCCAUCUGCGCCGUCCGAGGCACAAACGUGUGCCUGCGCAAGAUCGAUUACCCGCUGAUCUGGCGGCUGCUCAAGGAGGAAGGGAUCACGCACUUCAACGCGGCGCCGACGGUCAACACGCUCCUCUGCGCGGCCAAGGAGGCAGAGCGCCUGCCGCGGCCGGUGCGCGUGACGGUUGCGGCGAGCCCGCCGACGGCGCACCUGUUCGAGCAGAUGAGCGGCCUGAACCUGCACCCGGUGCACGUCUACGGCCUGACCGAGACCUACGGCCCCAUCACAAAGGGCUACCACAUGCCCGCGUGGGAGGCCCUCCCGGCCCCGGAGAAAUACGCCCGCAUGGCACGCCAGGGCCACGGCUUCCUGACCAGCCUGCCCGCGCGCGUCGUCAAGGCCGAGCUGGCCGAGCAGGGCGUGCUCGUCGACGUCGCCAGGGACGGUAAGGAGGUCGGCGAGAUCGUCUUCGCGGGGAACAUCUGCUGCAAGGGGUACUACAAGGACCCCGAGGCGACGAGGAAGCUCUUCGCCGGCGGGUGGCUGCAUUCGGGAGACCUGGCGGUGAUGCAUCCCGAUGGGAGCUUGCAGAUCCAGGAUCGGGCAAAGGAUAUCAUCAUUUCUGGCGGAGAGAAUAUCUCCUCGGUCGCGCUGGAGAGCAUGCUGGUCGAACAUCCUGAUGUUCUCGAAGCCGGGGUGGUGGCGGUCCCCGACUCACAUUGGGGCGAGAGACCGAAGGCAUAUCUGACGGUGAAGGAGGGGAAGGUCCUGGACCCGGGUGCUGUGAUCGACUGGGCAAAAAACCAGAGUUCGAUUAGCAAGUUCAUGAUCCCACGGGAGGUCGAAAUCGUGAAGGAGCUGCCGAAGACCAGCACAGGGAAGAUCAAGAAGACCGUCUUGAGAGCGUGGGCAAAGCAAGGCCACAGCGAGUAGGUGGUUUGUGCACCACUGGAGAUGUAGGUAGGAUAAGCAGCCGCGUUGCGGGUGGAACUGGAUUCAAAACAUCUUGAUACCAGGCGAUGGUCUGCAACUCUGCAUUUGCUCGUCGCCACGACAUCCACGAUAUGGAUGAAAUGGAUAAUCAGUCGAUUACGCGAUAGGGCAGGUACGAAGUUACUACGCAGUUGUACUACCUUCAAAAAGCCAUCUUCUUCGCGUCCCGGGCAAGCCCAAGAGUGCAAUGAAAAAUAGCGUCGCGUCGCCUGGAGGCAGUGUAAUACCAGGGACACAGUGGAAGACGACCAUGGGCAAGCCCAGAGGGAAGUCCUCCCAGUGACAAAAAUAGGU